UGAGAGCUGAACGCAAAAAAAAAUGACGUUUAGCCGGAGUGCGCACCGGCGCAGCGCUGCGCUCCUCUUAUCUCCAGGAACAGGACGCAGCGCUCGCCCACUGCGGACUUUUGCCCUCCGACUUUGAUACUAGGUGAAGAUAAGCCAAGCGGCAUCAGAGCAGCUCGGACAUGUUUUCGCCGAAGUCGCCUAAAAGUCUGUCCAAGUAUGUCUCUAAUGGUGCCGGAGAGCAGAUUUGUAUGGUGGAGUGUCUCUGUAAGCCGGAAUGCACCUGCGGCGUCCAAUGCGCCAGCGGCAGCAGGAGACAAUGUGCGCCUGACUUCAAGGAGAAUGGCCCUGACAUUGAGAAACAAGGCCUUGACAACUUGGCCUAUGAGUACGGAAGCCAGAGUGAGCUCUACCCUCCACCCCAAACUGCCUCCAGAGCAACCUUCAAACUCCUGGGACUCACCUCGGAGCACCAGGUCAAAAAUACCAAGAGCAGAAUCUCCAGCCUGAGCGGAGUACUUGCCGUCCACUUGUCUUUACCCAGCAGGUUGGCCAAGGUGGACUAUGUAACCUCAGUUAUCACAACCAAAGAGAUUGCCCUGGAGCUCCAGACCAUGGGAUACAAUGUGGAGUCAGCGGUGCAGAUCAAGGUGGAUGGUAUGCACUGCCAGUCCUGUGUACAAUCCAUCGAGGAACAGAUCAGUCCUUUACCAGGGGUUUCACAUAUUCAGGUGUCUCUUAAAGACAGUGCAGCGCUGAUUAUAUUUCAUCCGCUGCUAGUUACACAACAGGAGCUGAGAGACAAGAUUGAGGAUAUGGGGUUUGAUGCCACUUUAUUGGCCGAUGAUCCAUCCGGAGAAGAAAUAAGCCACUGGGAGAGGGAUAUACUGAAUUCAUCAAUCCGGACCGUAACCGUUUGGAUUGUUGGGAUGACUUGCAACUCUUGCGUGCAGUCCAUAGAAGGGAGGAUCUCUCAGAUGACAGGGGUGCAGUCCAUAGUAGUGUCACUGAAGGAGGAGAAGGGAACGAUAACCUUUGACCUCAGUCUCACGGAGCCGGAACAGCUCAGGGCAGCUAUCGAAGACAUGGGCUUCGAAGCAUCACUUCAAGAGCCUGGAUCUCCAAAGAGCAUCGAGAGUCAUGAAAAGUCCGGGCCUGUCAGCUCUGGACCCUCUGACGCCUCUGCCUCGCAGUCACCCAGUAAGGUGGGAGUGAGCAAUGGCACUGGAUCACAGGCGGCGUCUGCAAGCUAUCAUCCCAACUCACCUGAGAUUAAAGUACAGAAAUGCUUCGUUUGCGUAAUGGGAAUGACCUGUGCCUCAUGUGUGGCCAACAUUGAGAAGAACCUGCUCAAACACAAAGGAAUUAUCUCGGUGUUGGUGUCACUGAUGGCUGGAAAGGCAGAGGUGAAGUAUGAUUCGGAUGUUACGGAUGCUGCAACUGUGACUCAGCUCAUAGAAGACUUAGGGUUUGGCGCCAAACUGAUUGAGGACAACGCGGUAACACAUGGGAAACUUGAUCUCACUAUAACAGGCAUGACGUGUGCAUCAUGUGUCCACAACAUUGAGUCCAAGCUCACCACAACCAAAGGGAUCCUCGGGGCCUCGGUUGCCUUGGCAACCAAAAAAGCACAGAUCCAGUUUGACCCAGAGUUGCUUGGAGCUCGAGAUAUUAUCAAGAUCAUUCAGAGCCUCGGCUUCGACGCCAGUCUGGUGAAGGCGGGCUUCAAAAACAACCUGGAUCACACGGAAGAGAUUCAACAGUGGAAGAACUCGUUUCUGUUUAGCCUUGUCUUCGGCCUGCCUGUCAUGGGCCUCAUGAUCUACAUGAUGGUGAUGGACAGUCAGCAUCAGGAACAUGGAGGCUCUAUGCCAGAGGAGCAGAACGUGCUGCCCGGCCUCUCACUCCUGAAUCUGGCCUUCUUCCUGCUUUGUACACCUGUUCAGAUCUUUGGAGGCCGAUACUUCUACAUCCAGGCGUAUCGCUCGUUGAAACACCGCACGGCCAACAUGGACGUGCUGAUCGUGUUAGCCACCUCGAUAGCCUACAUCUACUCCUGCGUGGUCCUUGUUGUCGCCAUGGCUGAGCAAGCUAGCCAGAGCCCCAUCACAUUCUUCGACACUCCACCUAUGCUCUUUGUGUUCAUCGCUCUGGGACGAUGGCUGGAGCAUAUUGCAAAGAGUAAAACCUCAGAGGCUCUGGCCAAGUUAAUGUCACUUCAAGCCACAGAUGCCACCGUGGUCACUUUAGGACCUGACCACUCCAUCAUCAGCGAGGAGCAGGUGGUGGUGGAGCUGGUCCAGAGGGGCGACAUUGUGAAGGUCGCACCAGGAGGAAAGUUCCCCGUCGACGGGAAAGUGAUUGAGGGAAGCUCCAUGGCCGAUGAGUCCUUGAUCACAGGUGAGCCGAUGCCUGUCAGUAAGAAGGUGGGAAGCCUGGUGAUUGCCGGCUCCAUCAACGCCCACGGUGCUCUUCUGGUGGAGGCCACUCAUGUGGGUGCAGACACGACUCUGUCGCAAAUAGUCAAACUGGUAGAAGAAGCCCAAACCUCUAAGGCUCCCAUCCAGCAGUUUGCAGACAGGCUCAGCGGGUACUUUGUGCCCUUCAUAGUUGUUGUUUCUCUGCUAACGCUGGUAGCAUGGCUGGCCAUCGGGUUUGUCAACUUUGACAUUGUGAAGGACAACUUCCCGGGUUAUAACACCAACAUCUCCAGGGCAGAAGUUAUCGUCCGCUUUGCCUUCCAGGCGUCCAUCACUGUUCUGUCUAUUGCCUGCCCCUGCUCUCUGGGGCUGGCAACCCCGACGGCUGUCAUGGUGGGCACAGGGGUCGGAGCUCAGAACGGGAUCCUCAUCAAAGGAGGCGAGCCGCUGGAGAUGGCACACAAGAUUGGUGUGGUGAUGUUUGAUAAGACCGGUACGAUUACCAACGGCGUGCCGCGGGUGACACGUGUGUUGGUGUUAUGGGAAAUGGCCCGCAUGCCCCUGAGAAAGAUCCUGGCGGUGGUCGGCACAGCGGAGGCAAGCAGCGAGCACCCGCUGGGCAUGGCGGUCGCCAAACACUGCAAAGAGGAGCUGGGCUCUGAUGUGCUGGGCUACUGCCAGGACUUCCAGGCGGUGCCGGGCUGCGGGAUCAGCUGCCGGGUGUCCAACGUGGAACAUCUGCUGCAGCAGCAGAGUGAAGAACGCUUCCUGCUGCCGGGAGCCACCACAGACGAAACCAGCCUGCUCUCUGCCGCCGAGGCCCCGUCCGCAGGGGAGAACUUAUCCUACUCUGUCCUGAUUGGGAAUAGAGAGUGGAUGAGGAGGAACGGCCACCACAUCGGAGCAGAUGUUGAUGCCGCCAUGUCCAGCCAUGAGACGAAAGGACAGACUUCUAUCCUGGUAGCUAUAGAUGGUGUUCUGUGUGCCAUGUUGGCCAUUGCAGACACAGUGAAGGCAGAGUCGGCGUUAGCGGUGCAUACACUCAACAGCAUGGGCAUUGAGGUUGUCAUGAUAACAGGAGAUAACAGACGCACAGCCAAAGCCAUAGCUGCACAGGUGGGGAUCAGAAAAGUGUUUGCAGAGGUGCUGCCCUCACAUAAGGUUGCAAAAGUGCAGGAGCUGCAGGAAAAAGGCCUGCGAGUCACCAUGGUGGGAGACGGGGUCAACGACUCGCCCGCCCUCGCCCGGGCUGACGUCGGCAUCGCCAUCGGCACGGGCACAGAUGUGGCUAUUGAAGCAGCGGACAUCGUCCUCAUCAGAAACGACCUCCUGGAUGUGGUGGCCAGUAUCGAGCUGUCGAAGAAGACGGUGCAGCGGAUAAGGAUCAACUUUGUCUUCGCUCUCAUCUACAACCUUGUAGGAAUACCCAUCGCUGCAGGUGUGUUCAUGCCAGUCGGCCUCAUCCUGCAGCCCUGGAUGGGCUCGGCUGCGAUGGCUGCCUCGUCCGUUUCAGUGGUCCUGUCUUCUUUACUGCUGAGAAUGUUUAAGAAAACCUCAGUGGAGAUGUAUGAGGUGCGUGCGAGAGGCCAAAUGAAGAGCCUCCGGUCGUCGCAGAUCAGCACACAUCUGGGACUUGACGGCAAGCGGCGCAGUCCUGCUCUCCCCACCAGACCUCGAGAACAGCUGAACCAGAGCAACGUGGCACCGCCCGCCUUCUCCAGCCAGGGACCGUCCAUUAAACCUGUCCAGGAGCAGGACCGCUACUCCCUCCUGGACCACCAGACUGCAGAAGAUCUUAAUGUAUAGUGAAGGGAAAAGGGAACAGAGACAUCAGAUUCUGCCUGGUUCUCAUGUUUACGAACUGAGGCUCUUAGUGUAAUAUUUCUAUGUAUUUAUGUAAAUAGACCAGGCUAAUUGUGCCCUGAAAGUUAAAAGUGCUCUUUUAUUUUUACACUCACUGCACAUUCACCUGCUAAGUUAAGUUUGACCAAGAUAUUACUGAAGCAUUUGUUUUAUUUUUCUUUUUUUCAUACCUGGUAACAGGAGACACACACUGCUUUUGUGUCACUUAAAUCUUGAAGAAGAGAAACUUCUGUCCAAAUGCACUUUUACAAUACACACAACAAAGGGAAACUUUGGUAUUUCUCAGCCUGGAACCUACUUUCCCAUCAUUUUGUGUCUAAGGGACUAAUGGAGGCGACAAUUUUUGAAAUUGGUC